GCCGCAUCCAUUGGGUCAAGGAGCUGUCAUUUUCCACCGGGCUGCGGGGCCAGAAAUGGGGUAGGCUGCGCCAGUUAUAAGGUUGUUGCCCAAGCCGCUGACGUCUUUCGAAUUCGAGACGAGCCCUCGGAUUGAGUUCCCUCAUGGUGGCCGAGGUGUUGUCCUUAAAAGGAAAAAAAAAACACACAGAAAAACAAUACAAUACUGACUUUAUGUCCCAAAAACGCCGAUUGCAGGAUCAUGACAUUAAUCCAUGUUUAGAGGAAAGCGAUGCUUCUAGAAAGUGUUUGGAAGUGAAUCAAUCCGAUAAGGAUAUGUGUGCAAUCUUUUUUUUAAAGUAUAAAAGUUGCCGAAAAUUUUGGCAUGGGAUUAUGAUGCAGAGAAGACAAGAUGGAAUAAAACCAUAUAUGCCUAUAGCAGAGGAAAGAAAGAGAAUUCUAGCUUCAUUGGAAAGAGCACCAUAUUGACCAUACAGUUUUAUUAAUAUAGAAUGUGAAAUGAUUUUACUGUAACAGUGUGCUUUAUUUUAAAAAGUGGUUUCUUGAUAUCUGCAUUACCUUGUACUGUAUUUUUUACAAAAAAGAAAGAACCCUGAAACUUUAAAUGUCUAAAAAUGAAAUGCAUUCUUAUAUGGGAAAAACUUGUAGAAAUAAAUAAGGUUUUGAUUUCGCAUA